UAUAACUUCACAUUGUUUCAAAAAAAACACAAAUCUAUAUAUAUCUUUCUUUGAUAUUACACACACACACAGAUACAUAUAUGUUAUAUGUAUUGUAUGUAUCUAUAGCCAAUUAAAAAUCUAAAUAAUGGAGCCAUUGAUGAAACUAUGGAGCUUUUUAUUUACAGCAUUAAUACUCAACUUUAUAUUUGCUUGCCAACUUUUCUUUCUUCAACCCCUUGUAUCUGCAUUAGACACCAAACCUGGUGAUGCUGCUGCAUUGUUUGAGAGAGUUACAAAAAAUGUAAAAGUUAAGAAAUACAGUGAGGCACUUAAUGAUCUAAAUGCAGCCAUAGAGGCAGACCCAGCGCUUUCAGAGGCGUAUUGGCACCGUGCAUCUCUCCUUCGUCAAUUGUGCAGAUAUGAGGAAUCAGAAAAAAGCUACAAAAAGUUUCUGGAGAUGAAACCAAGAGACUCAGCUGCAGAGAAGGAGCUUUCUCAGUUGCUCCAAGCCAAGAGCGCUUUUGAUUCAGCUACCAGCCUGUUGGACACAGGUGACAUUAAAAAAGCAUUGGAAUAUAUUGAUAAAGUCGUACUCGUUUUCUCUCCAGCAUGCUCCAAGGCCAAACUCCUUAAGGUGAAGCUAUUGCUAGCAGAUAAAGAUUAUUCUGGUGUCAUAUUGGAGGCAGGAUACAUGCUUAAAGAGGAUGAAGAUAAUCUGGAGGCUUUGCUGUUAAGAGGCCGUGCCUACUACUAUCUAGCUGAUCAUGAUGUUGCCUUAAGGCACUACCAAAAAGGUCUCCGUUCAGACCCAGAGCAUGGGGAAUUGAAGAAAACGUAUUUUGGCUUGAAAAACUUGCUGAAAAAGACUAAAAGUGCAGAAGAUAAUGCAAGUAAGGGUAAGCUUCGUCUUGCCGUGGAGGAGUACAGAGCAGCCUUGGCAUUGGACCCCAACCAUUCUGCACAUAAUGUAAAUCUUCAUCUUGGUUUGUGUAAAGUCUUGGUGAAGCUGGGAAGGGGGAAGGAUGCUAUAUCAAGCUGUUCAGAAGCCCUUGAGCUUGAUGGAGAGCUUAUUGAUGCUCUAGUGCAGAGGGGUGAAGCCAAGCUUCUAACAGAAGAUUGGGAGGGAGCUGUUGCAGAUCUGAAAGAAGCAGCUGAAAAAUCUCCUCAGGAUAGGAAUAUUCGUGAAGCGCUGAUGAGGGCUGAGAGAUCAUUGAAAUUGAGUCAAAGGAAGGAUUGGUACAAGAUCUUGGGAGUGUCAAAGACAGCAUCUGUAGCAGAGAUCAAAAAGGCAUACAAAAAGCUUGCUCUGCAAUGGCAUCCUGACAAGAACGUUGAAAACAGAGAAGAAGCCGAAAACAAGUUUCGUGAAAUAGCAGCUGCAUAUGAGGUUCUCGGGGAUGAGGAAAAACGUACACGAUAUGAUCAGGGAGAAGACAUUGAUGACAUGGGUUCAGGAAUGGGCGGUGGGGGAUUCAACCCAUUCGGCGGAGGAGGAGGGCAGCAGUAUACGUUCCACUUUGAAGGUGGUUUUCCAGGUGGGGGAUUUGGCGGAUUCAAUUUUUGACCUCCAUGGUGUUCGUUUGUCAUGUUUCCCAAUGGCUUUGCCAAGAAACUCCUCACAUGGUUGCUGCAAGGGAUGCACAACACCAAGUACAGUAGGCUAUUAUACUCAUUCCCGAGAAGUUUUUGCUUCGCGAAUACCAUUUUUUCUUUCUUUUAUGUAUUCAGUAGCAGUAGACUUGAGGAGAAUUGAGAAUUAUUCGGAUCGAUAACAGAUCCAUGUGUAACUUCCUAACUCGAAUGGAAUGUUGUGGAGCAGAUAACUGAUGUAGUUACAUUAUCAAAUACUAAUUAUUCUGAAGCCAAGUGACAGAAGAUUCGAAUUA